CGCAUAUCAAUUCUUGUUUUUUACUGUUUCUUUUCCCUUUAUCUUUUUUCGAUUCUCAAGACUAAAAUGACACGCAGUGCGACCAAUGCUUAUGUGAACCGCGAACGACGCCUGUCCCGCAACGGCUUAUCGGAUUUGAGAUGCCCAGCUAAAAAAGCAGGCGCUGGAUUCGCUAAUUGGGGUGCUGUUGGCGAUGAACUCAUCGAUAUCCAAGAAGCUGUUCUCCAAAAUAAUAAUGUUGACACCGUAAAACCUCCGGAAGCCAAGUUGCAGCUUGUCGAUCAACAAACUUUCGACACGAGAAGAAGUCAGUCCCAAUAAACGGUAAAAGAUGACUCACCCAUUCCUUUUCCCUCACAAAACGCGAAAACUAGGACCAAAAAAAAACCUGACUGAAAGCAUUUCCCACCAUGUUAAGUUAGCUAGCACCACAAAACUUCUUGUGAUGUAUCUCAAUAAUAAAAUACAACGACUUGUUCAUUUGAAGCUUGG